UCGACACAAACCGCGCCCACAAAAUUGAAAUGCGAUCUGCGAUGGGUAUGAUGUCAGUCAUGUGAGCAAAGCCCGAUACUAGUAUUACUAUGGCAAUUGGCAAAUUACCAUAUGAUUCUAACAAUAGUAUUUUACGUGGUCAUAUUCAUUUGCGAUAGUCCAAAACAAAAACUCACGCCAUUAAAUAGGCUUAUACAAUCUGGUACAAAUUCAAACUCUUUAAAUAUGUAUACUUCAAGGUUGAACGACUUUAAGCAUAAUAAUUCAAAACUAGGGUGUUUGUUAAAAAAUAAACUUUCUUUGCAAGAAGACAUUAAAAAAUUGAUGUGGGAUAACAUUGAAGAUUGGGAUAAAUGUAAAAUUUCAGAGAAUUGGGUGGAACUAGACGAAAGCACAGAGAAUGUUAGUAAGAUAAUAGAACAACAUAAAAAAUCAACCAAUGAUAUUUUGGUUCUUUUAGAAGAAGUUAUAAAGAAGUUGGAAAAUAUGGAAGCUUUAUCCGUUUACAGAGAUUUUAUCUCCGAAUUUUUUGAAGCAGUUAAAGCAAGAUUGGGUACCGACGUAUGGGCUAAAGUGAAAGCUGCUAUCAAUAGAAAGCUUAGAACCAACAAA